AUGUUAAGUGAAGAGGACGCCGCCGUCGUCUUGGAUCCGUCCGGCGAGGCAUCGAGCGUCCACGGGGAACUCGGGAAACCGGUGGGCGGUGCCGUGCGUGUGUUCAGUUCUGUGCCUGCUCGCCCGAAACCAGCGACCAGAGCCCCCUGUUUCCCCUGCAUCUCGCUCCACGCUGAAUCCAUUCCCCACGCGCGCCUAUAUAAACACCUCGACCCUGCUGCUCGUCCAGUCGUCCGUGGUACACAACCUACAGAAUUCAGCUCCCCACGGCCACGGGCACAACCUCAGCGUGCGAGAGACAUCGAUCCGUUCCAUCGGAAGCACAGGACAGAGAUGACCUCGUCGGCAACCAAGAAGGGGGCGUCGCUGGUGGUGGCUACGAGCAUGGCGGCCGUGGAGGCGCUCAAGGACCAGGCGGGGCUGUGCCGCUGGGACUACGCGCUCCGCUCGCUCUACCACCGCACCGUGGUCACCGGCCGCCGCGCCGUCCCGGCGUCCCUCUCCUCCACCUCCUCCUCCCAGGCCGCGAGCGGCAGCGCGGCCGCCGUUGGCAGGGCUGCCCGGCCCAGGCGAUCCGAGGAGGAGAAGCUGCACAAGGCGUAUCACGUUGUGUGCUGGGGACCAAACUGAUUAGUAUAGCAAUACCAGAGGAUCCAUUUUUGUUCUGCUGAAUCCGGUUCCAGCUUUUCCAUCUUUCCUUCUCCCCUAUUGUCUAUUGAGAAUGGGUGUGUAAACUGACAUACAGUAGGGGCAAUAUCCAAUAUAUUUGCAAGAUUUGGCAUGUA